GACGAUAUCAUAUACAACAAUUAUGCAGUCACAUGUGUUUUGAUGAUUUUUGUAUGUAGUAGCAAUUCAUCGUAUUUUGAUGGUUUUGUACCACUUACAAUACAACCACUACGAGAUAUGAACUCGAAGACAUUUAUAACGUUGUUCCCGAGGGAGUGGCUAUACGCGGUCCGGUCCGGUUAAAUUGGCCCAAAUUAAUCCGGUCUUUUUGAAGAUAUAAAGACCAAAGAUUGGAUUGGAUACCGUUUGGUCUUGAUACGGUCCGGUCCCAAUUCGGUCUUUGAUUUUAUAUUGAGCUUGUGGGUUUUUUGAGUGGCCUAAGGCCUGAAAGGGUGGGGAGUUGGUUAAGUUUUGUAAUAAGUGCAAAGGUUUUCUGGCCGUUUAUGCAAACUAUCCUUAAGUUUUGGGUGUUGAGCUCUCUUAUCCGGUCUUUAUCCAGUUUUCGAUCCGGUCCCGAACGAUUUUUUUUUGCUCAAAUCUAAAUCCAAAGAUUGGAUUAGAUUGUUUACUAUCCGGUCCCGGUCCAAUCUCGAUCCGGAUUAUACGGUCUGGUUUCGAGUAAAACCAAAAAACCUGGACCAAAUAGCCCGUUGUUCCCUCGUAGUCGAUUUCCAUACCCAAAAAUGAUAAUUUAAUUAGCCUUUUUUUAAUAUUUAGUUUCUUUCAUCAAUGUCUAAUUUGUCCUUUCUCGAAUCCCAGCCGUUGGAUUAAUAUCAUGAUUAGUGUGUGGUUAAGAUUGGGGUUUGUUGUUUACCACCCUCUAAAUAGUUAAUUAGUAGCAUGGAAUCUUCUUCCGGCAACAGGAGGAAAGUCAAAAGGCCGUCCUAUGAAAAAGUUGCAGUGUUAGAAGCUAAGAAGGAUAAUAAUGUCACUGUUUCCCAUAAAAUGACGACCGGCAAUGCCAAGCUCUUUGGUAUCGGCAAUGUCUCUUCCAUCUUCUAUAUAGAACCCAAUAUUAUACGAAAAGAAUAGCGUUAGGGUGGUACAGUCAUGGACCUUUCGCCGGCGGCAGAGGAAUCGAAUCAUGAUCGCCACUCAUCGGCGGCGAAUAAGGAGGAAAUGUUGUCGCGGGAGAGGAUGAAGUUUUGGUGGUCAUAUCGUUUCUUUUUCGGUGACAUUAAUAGUGGGCUGCGUUCGAAGAGACGGGCUUCGAGAUGGAAGCUCCGACUCUGUUGCGCCGGCGAAGACGACACGGCCUCCGCCGGCGGCGGGACUGCAACGCAACAGGUGAGUUCAUCCUCCUGAUAAACGGUAUAUGAUCCGUAUCAUAUCCAUGUCUAAUUAUACAUUUUGAUUAUAAUUGUUACUGAAAAUUUCGAACAAAUUAUUAUGCUAAAACGGUAGGUGACAUUCUGUACAUGUUAAUACCGUGAUACCCGUAUCAUAUGAUAAAAAUAUUUUUUUAUCAGCAACAUCAAUGACGUGAUUUUAUGGUAGAAAUGCGAUCCAAACUCAAUUCCACAUUGACUUGUGAUCGUUUACAAUUCCUUAUGGCAGCUCGUAAGCGUUAUGAUUUAGUCCUUCGUGUUUUAAAACAGUUUUAAGUGGUCGUUUGGAGAUUAGAUUUGGAGUAUAGAUGUACAUAGAGUCCAUAAAUUUAGGGGGGGGGGGGGAUGAAUAAUCAUGUUAUUUUGUU